AGUUACUUGUUCUAAAUUGCCACACAUCACAUCUCUUUAUUUAUCCAUCAGACCAUCACUGUGUAAAUAGGUCGGUUCGGUUUUUGCUGAACCAAGAACAUGAUCCGUUGGUAAAAAUCAAUUCAUCAUCCUUCAUACUUGAUAGUAGUCAUUAGUUCCAAAUUAACGAUGUCACUCUAUACUACGACCACCCUUGUUGUGGGUUCUUCUUCUUCUUCAUUCCCUUGUUCCUUCAUCAAAACCAAUAUUAGCAGCAACAUAAUCACAACCACAUCAUCCAUAUCAGCCACAGCCACAGCCACAGCCACAGCCACACCCAAACAUGUCUGGAUCCGAAACACCAACAAACAAAAACAAAAACAACACGAACCUAUAUACUUAGACCGCACCGUCAACAUGAACGAACUUCUAACCUCAAUCGAACAAACCCAAAACAUCGAACAACUCUACUCCCUAAUGUCUCCUUACAACGGAAGACAAUUAUCGAUUGGAUUCAUGGUUUCAAUUCUCUCUCGCGAAUCCGAUUGGCAACGCUCUGUUGCACUUCUCGAUUGGAUAAACGACAUUGCUCAAUAUUCACCUUCUCUUCAAGCUUACAACGUUGUUCUCCGUAAUGUACUUCGUGCUAAACAGUGGCAAUUUGCACAUGGACUGUUCGAUGAAAUGCGUCAAAGGGGUCUUUCCCCUGAUAAGUACACUUACUCAACUCUCAUUACUCAUUUUGGUAAAAAUGGUUUCUCUGAUUCUUCUUUCUUUUGGUUGCAAAAGAUGGAACUUGAUAAUGUUGCUGGUGAUCUUGUUUUGUAUAGUAAUAUGAUUGAGCUUUCGAGUAGGUUGUGUGAUUAUUCUAAAGCUAUUACUAUUUUUAAUUCAUUGAAAUGUUCUGUUGAUAUUGUACCUGAUCUUAUACUUUAUAAUACUAUGAUUAGUGUGUUUGGUAAGGCUAAGCUUUUUCGAGAGGCUAGGCUUCUUUUUCAAGAGAUGAGGGAUAACGGUGUUAGCCCGGAUACUGUUAGUUACUCGACGCUUCUUGCAAUUUAUGUUGACAAUCGGAAGUUUGUUGAGGCACUUUCUUUGUUUUCUGAAAUGAAUGAAAGUAAAUGUCGUAUCGAUCUCACUACUUGUAAUAUUAUGAUUGAUGUUUAUGGUCAGCUUGAUAUGAUCAAGGAAGCUGAUAGUUUCUUUUGGGGUAUGAGGAAUUUGGGAAUUGAACCCAAUGUGGUUAGUUACAACACGAUUUUGAGGGUUUAUAGAGAGGCUGAGUUAUUUGGUGAAGCUGUUCACCUUUUUAGUUUGAUGCAAAGGAAAGGUGUACAACCACAUGUUGUCACGUACAACACCAUGAUAAGUAUUUAUGGAAAAUUUCUUGAGCAUGAGAAGGCGAUGAAUCUUAUUCAAGAAAUGCAGAGUAGAGGUAUUCAACCAAAUGCUAUCACUUAUUCAACCAUAAUAUCUAUAUGGGAAAAGGCGGGGAAAUUGGACAGGGCGACCUUACUGUUUCAGAAGUUAAAGACUUCUGGAGUUAAAAUUGACGAGGUUCUAUAUCAGACAAUGAUUGUGGCUUAUCAGAAAGCUGGUUUAGUUGCUCAUGCCAAAAGGCUACUUAAUGAGCUCAAGCAACCAGAUAACGUUUCCAGGGAGACAGCAAUCACAAUACUUGCCAAAGCCGGAAAAGUUGACGAGGCUAUGUGGGUUUUUCGGCAAGCCUUUGAUGCUGGCGAGGUGAAAGAUAUAUCUGUAUUUGGGUGCAUCAUUGAUAUUUUCUCUAGUGAUAGAAAGUAUGCACAUGUGGUUGAAGUGUUUGAGAAGAUGAGAGAGGUUGGACAUUUUCCUGAUUCUAAUGUUAUUGCUCUUGUGCUGAAUGCUUUUGUAAAGCUGCGCAAGUUUGACAAAGCAGAUGCUUUAUAUGGACAGAUGUAUGAAAAAGGGUGUGUUUUCCCAGACGAAGUUCAUUUUCAGAUGCUCGAUCUAAAUGGAGCAAGAAGGUAUUUCAAGACGGUAGAGUCAUGGUUUAAGAAGCUAGAUUCCCAUCCCAAUAUCAACAAGAAGGAGUUGCAUUUUGUUGUUGCUAACAUUUAUAAAAGAGCAGAUAGAUUUAACGAUGCUUUCCGAAUCAUGAACAGGAUGAAUCACAAAAACAACGAGUCAUGAUUAUUUCAUGAAAGAGCAGAUAGAUUGUAUUUGUGUAUUCUUGAUCAUUCUUGUAAACCUUUUAGAUUAUGUUGUCCAUAAGUCACAUUCAAGGUUUUUUUGUUUUGUAUAUCAGAGGUUCUCAUAUAUGCUUUGAAUUACUAUAUUAUUCCACCAA